AUGUAUAAGCACGGCUGUGGACGAAAUCUGGCCGAAAGUAGUCUCAACCCUCGAUCAGGGUCGUGGAAAAAAGAGGCACAGAGGGGAGUGGAAGAAGGAGAAGAAGAAGAAAAGAGGAGUUCGAAGAUCUCAUGGGAUAAACGGUCUCUCCUCUUUGUUCCGGAAGCACAUUUCACAUUACCAUUCUUCUUCUUCACUGACCCCUCGGGGGCACAGGAUGGGCUAUCUUCAUGCAUACAGAAGACCCAAUUAGACUCAUGUCUUUAUAAGCUCUGGCUGUGGAAGAUGCGUUCGUUACUAGGCAAGAAGGGUCACAAACUAAUGCAGAAGCUUCCUCGGCAGGGCAUUGCCCCGGCAUCAAUGUUUGUGAAGAAGAAUUAG